GGGAAGCGGGCGGCGCGCGGUGAUGACGUGCUGGCUUUGUGCGCUGGGCGGCCGGGGGGCGGCAGGAGCAGCCGAUUGCCGCGCGUUCGCCUCGCCGCUCGCCACGCUGGGGCCGCCGCCGCCCCGGGUCCUAGCUAGACCCAUCUCUGCGCCCUCCGCGCGUGAGUAGUCCGCCCCUCUUCCUCUAGGCGGGAGCGGAAAGAGCGGCUGCGUUGUUGCUGUUUCCGGGCGUUGGGGGUAUAAAACUAAAAUCUAUUUUAUGAGACGGACUCUUUGUCAAGUUUACCUUUUUGAUGUCUGGUAUUUGAAACCUCCCAAGCAUGCCAGCAGCUACAGUAGAUCACAGCCAAAGAAUUUGUGAGGUUUGGGCUUGCAACCUGGAUGAAGAGAUGAAGAAAAUCCGUCAAGUUAUACGGAAGUUUAACUACGUUGCCAUGGAUACAGAGUUCCCAGGAGUAGUUGCGAGGCCUAUUGGAGAAUUCAGAAGCAAUGCGGACUAUCAGUACCAACUACUCCGCUGUAAUGUAGACUUGCUAAAGAUAAUUCAAUUAGGGUUGACGUUCAUGAAUGAGCAAGGCGAACACCCUCCAGGAACUUCAACGUGGCAGUUUAAUUUUAAAUUUAAUUUAACAGAGGACAUGUAUGCCCAAGACUCUAUAGAAUUACUAACAACAUCUGGAAUCCAGUUCAAAAAGCAUGAGGAAGAAGGAAUCGAAACACAGUACUUCGCUGAACUCCUAAUGACGUCAGGUGUGGUGUUGUGUGAAGGAGUCAAGUGGCUGUCGUUUCAUAGUGGCUAUGACUUCGGGUAUCUAAUCAAGAUCCUGACAAAUUCCAAUUUACCUGAAGAAGAGCUGGAUUUCUUUGAGAUACUGAGAUUGUUUUUCCCUGUCAUUUAUGAUGUGAAGUACCUUAUGAAGAGUUGCAAAAAUCUCAAGGGCGGAUUGCAAGAAGUAGCUGAACAAUUAGAGUUGGAGAGGAUAGGGCCACAGCAUCAGGCAGGAUCUGAUUCUCUACUAACAGGCAUGGCCUUCUUCAAAAUGAGAGAGAUGUUCUUUGAAGAUCACAUUGACGAUGCCAAGUACUGCGGUCACUUGUACGGUCUUGGUUCUGCUUCAUCUUAUGUCCAGAACGGGACAGGAAAUGCAUAUGAAGAAGAGGCUAGCAAGCAGUCAUGACAAGAAAUGAGAAACCACCUUUUCGGAGUGCCACGUGCUUGUACAUAGGUUUUAUCUCUGGUUGAAUCCCUUGGACAAUAAGGCGUUCGUCUUUCCUCCCCUUCUCAGCACACUGUCCUUCACCCCCUGCCUUUAUGUACUAAAAUCUUACUAUUCUGAUCCCGGUUAUUUGACUUUAAUGCAUAGGCAUUUCUGGGUUUAAUGCGGCUUUGUACCUUGCCCAUCUCUACACAAGCACAUGUAGGAGCAGUGCGGCAGACAGAAGAGGAAAGCUGAAAUGAUAAUGAAAUUUCUGGUAAACUUUAAUUGGUCUUAGCAUUGGUUUAUUUUCCCUAUUCUCUUCCUCCAAAACUGAACUAGCACCAAUUGUGACCGAUAUCUCCGUUUGAUGUUUAUCACUUCCCAGAAUACAAGAGUUUUAGCUAUUCAAGACUGUGGACCAUCACAUUUGCACUUUAAAAGAGUGACUCUGAGUCAGAUCCUCUGUUUUAUCUGGUUUUUCUAUCCUGACCUAGAGAAAAGCAUUUAUCUGCCAACUUGUAACCUCAUGUUAUUCCCCCUCACCCAGGUUUUUGAACUCACCGAACAAAACACACUCGCUGCAUAACUCUUCAUAAAGAACUAAACUGGUGUGCCGUCGUCUUCCAAGCGUGUGUACUUGCCAGCUUCUAAUUAGUUUGCCAGUUUAACACUCCUCUGUCAUGCAAGCAACUGGGUUGCGUUGCAGGGAUCUCUCUCCUGCACGCACUCUGUGGAAUUGAUUAGGUACUGUGCAAGAGUCCCGUUCUAUCCCUUUUCAUUUCAGGGACGUGCGUGUGUAUGCAAGAGGGAUCCCUUAUGGAUUGCUUCCUCUGUCCGCAAACCAGUUUUACAGCCAUCAGGAAAGAUUCUGUGUCCUUUCAUUUUUGAGUCUUUGAGCUUAAGAAUGGAAAGAGGACAGAAGCUGCAGUCAGUUUGAGUGCACCAAACACAUUGUGGACCCAUUUCCUUACUUCUUUCCCAGCAAUGCCCUUAAAAUACUAUUUUAAAACUCUAUUUAUUGUGUACUUGAAAUGAUGGGUGAACACAAAGUUGAUUAAGGAUGAGAUCCAAAGAUCUGAAACAGACCUUGACAUUGAGGGUGAAUCAAAAGAGGGGAAAAUACUUUUGUCCUUAUUGUAGCUGCUACAAAGGCAUUUGUUGUAAAACAACAAAUCUGUUUGUACCUAAUAAAGUUACCUGAGGAGUGUAAGGCUAGCUUAUUUUUUUAGUCUAUUUUAGAAAUGCAUUGUUUUUACUCAAGGACCACAAAGAACUUGCUUAACCAUGCUGAGCAGGCGCAAAAAGCAGUUGUGCAGAAAGACUUUAAUUUGGCAUCGAAGAGCUAAACCAUAUCCUGAAAUGAUGGAGUGCCUGAGACAGCCUCUGGCUCAUGUCAUCUACAUAGAAAAUCAACAAGGAGUAAAUCUCAGAAAUGUUCCACAAGUUGAUUUGUUUUACCAUGUACUUUAACCUGUUUUUCUUUUUUUUUUCCCCCUCAUUCAGUUACAAUGAUGUAACUAGGUGGUCCUUUUUUUAAAAAAAAAAAGAAAGUUGCAUAAGAGGGUAUUUGUUUUUAAAGCUUUUGUAAAUAAAGGCUUCAAAAAAUUUCUUACA